CCCCUGUCUUUAUUAGACCCUUCAUUUUUAAAAAUAAAAAUAAAAAUACAAUAAUUAAUAAAUAAAACAAGUAUUUCACUGUCAUUAAAUUGAAUAUAAUACCAUAGAGACCCUCUUAUAAAUUUCAUAUCACUAAAUCUAAUAUUUCCUCAUAAAAAGUCUUACUAUACUACUACUACUACUACACUCUCUACUCAGACUAAAACUCUACUUCUACUCUGUUUUGCUAUUUCUUAAUUUAUAUAUAUAUAUUGUUAAAAAGGAAAUAUCUGAGCUUUGGAGAGCAAAAAUGGUGGCCAAGAAACCAAGAAUCGUGAUUAUUGGAGCAGGAAUGGCGGGUCUCACGGCGGCAAACAAGCUCUAUACCACGGUUGGGUUCAAGGACUCGUUCGAGCUCACCCUCGUGGAAGGUGGUUCGAGAAUCGGUGGCCGGAUAAACACGUCGGAAUUCGGCGGCGACCAGAUUGAGAUGGGGGCCACGUGGAUCCACGGCAUUGGGGGAAGCCCAGUACACAAAAUAGCUCAGGAAAUUGGAGCACUCGAGUCGGAGAAGCCAUGGGAGUGCAUGGACGGCUCUUCGGAGGAUCCGACCCGGUUCACGACCGUAGCCGAAGGCGGGUUAGAGCUGGACGGAACGGCGGUGGUCGAACCGGUUUCGGGUCUGUUUAAGAAGCUGAUGGAUUACGCUCAGGGGAAGCUGGUAGAAGAAGGUGAUGAUAGUGCGAAUGAGUCUUUGAACUACAGCCAAAUAGCGGAAAAAGCUUUGAAGACAUGUAUAGAAGUGAAUGGUGGUAUUGGCAGGGUCAGUGUUGGUUCUUAUCUGAGACAAGGCCUCAAAUUAUAUUGGGCUUUGAAGGGACAAGAAGAUGGAGAGGUAAAAGGGUAUGAGAAUUGGACCAGAAAGUUGCUUGAAGAUGGUGUUUUCAGGGUGUUUGAGAAUAUCCAGAGGACUUACACAUCGGCGGAUGAUCUUUUGACUCUUGAUUUCGCUGCGGAGAGCGAGUACCGUAUGUGUUGGGGAGAAGAAAUCACCAUAGCUAAAGGGUACUUAAGCAUAAUUGAGUCUCUUGCUUCUGUUCUUCCACCUGGUUUGGUUCAACUUGGCCGAAAGGUGAGACAAAUCGAGUGGCUGCCGGUGACUACUGCUAGAGAAAAAUCAGAUAUGUCAAAUGGUUAUGGCAAUACUAGCUCUACGCCUGUGAAGCUUCACUUUUGUGAUGGGACAACUAUGGUGGCUGACCAUGUUAUUGUUACAGUUUCAUUGGGUGUGCUCAAAGCUGGAGUUCAGGAUGAUGGUUCAGGUAUGUUUAAUCCUCCUUUGCCUUGUUUCAAGACUGAGGCAAUAUCAAGGCUUGGUUUUGGGGUUGUUAACAAGCUUUUCCUCCAACUGAGCCAAAGUUAUGAUCGAAAAUGCCAAGAUUUCCAAAGUUUUCCAUUUCUCCAAAUGGUUUUCCAUCGUGGGGACUCUGAACUUAGGCAAGAAAAGGUGCCAUGGUGGAUGAGGAAGACUGCUUCUAUGUUCCCAAUCUAUGAAAAUUCAAAUGUCCUGCUUUCCUGGUUUGCUGGAAAAGAGGCUCUCGAGCUUGAAUCCUUAAAAGAAGAGCAAAUCAUAAGUGGGGUUUCAUCUGCUAUUUCUAGUUUUUUGCCUAAACCAUUUUACAAGAAGGGAAAUCCCACUUCUCCUCCUGAAUUAUUAUUAUUAUCAAAUGGGAAUGUGAGUUCUGCAGACAAGUUUGAAGUGAAAGUUACAAAGGUAUUGAAGACUCAAUGGGGUAAUGAUCCUCUGUUUAUGGGGUCUUAUAGUUAUGUUGCAGUUGGAUCAAGCGGAGACGAUUUGGACAGAAUGGCUGAGCCAUUGCCUAGCAUCAGUAGUCAAGAGUCAACUGUUUCCCCUCCACUUCAGAUUUUGUUUGCAGGGGAAGCAACUCACAGAACCCACUACUCCACCACUCAUGGUGCCUACUUUAGUGGUAUUAGAGAAGCUAAUAGGCUUCUCCAACAUUAUCACUGUGCUGGGGUUUAGAGAAUUUAGUUUCUUUUUUUCUUUUUUUUUUUUUUUUUGGUUGGGGGGAACAUUUAUUUCUAUGAUAUUAUUCCUCGUUUCCAUAAACAAUUUCUAUGUCUCUCUCUGUGAAACUGCUACGAUUGGGGAGGGAGAAGAAAAGAAGAAGAAGAAGAAGAAAAAUUAGGACUUAUGAGACAGAAAUUUGGGACGUUUUCUAGAUGUACUGCAUGAACUAAAACAAGUUCUUAAUUUUAUUAUAUUAUUAUUCUAUUGCCUUUCUCCU